AUGGGGGAUCAAGAUUCCGUUUCUUCCCUCCCUCCCUCCUCGCUCGCCGGAACACCCUCUGCUGCUGAAAUCUCCAUUCCGGCAACUCUAAAAUUCCUGAUUUCUCAUGUCAAGAAUCUAAUUCCUCAUCCCCUUACCACCGAUAAUUAUGCCAUUUGGAGAAUUCAAGUUCUUCAACAGUUCACGGCAACGGGCUACGCCGGCCAUCUCUCUGGUGAAUCCGUCUCUCCUUCAGACGCUAAUUCCUCUGCUUUCACGAACUGGAGACUUGUGGAUAGUCUUCUCCUUUCCGCAUUAUUCUCCACGAUCUCUCCGUCUCUUCUCCCAUAUGUUAUCACGGCAACUUCAGCUUACGAAGCAUGGACGACUCUCGAGCGUCGUCUACAACCCUCAAGCCGCUCGCGGGUUAUGCAGCUCAAGAACGAGCUUCACAAUAUUCAAAUGAAAAAUCUCACGAUGCAGCAAUAUCUCUCCCAAAUCAAGAAUAUCGUGGACAAUAUCGCUGCAUCUGGAUCUAAGGUCGACCCGGAAGACAUUAUUCUGCACAUACUAAACGGUCUUCCCGCCACCUAUAAUUCUUUCAAAACAUCCAUUCGCACCUCGCCUGUUCCGUCGGAUCUGGACAACCUGUACGCCUUGUUAUGCAAUGAGGAAAUCCAUCUCAAUCAGGAAAUUGCAAAAGAACAGACUACAAGCUCUCCUGCUCUUUACGCCGCGCCAAACAAUCCUCCUCGAAAUCGCAACUCUAAACGGUUUAUCAAGACCAAGUCCAAUUCUUCCUCCAUCCCGCAGACUACCAGCAACACUUCUUCUAGCGGAAACAUUCGUCCCAUCUGUCAAAUAUGUGGGAAGAUUGGUCACGUUGCUCUCAAUUGUUGGUACAGAUGUGAUCUCAAAUAUGCCCCGACAUCAGUUUCAAAUCCUCGCGCAAUGCUGACUACUCCGACUUCAUAUCCAACCCAAGAUUGGAUUCUUGAUACAGGCGCUUCCUCUCAUCUCACACCAGACAACUCUAAUCUUCAAACAUCUUCGGCUUAUCACGGUCAAGAUUCCAUUUCGGUGGCCAAUGGUUCUUCCGUUCCCAUUCAACAUUCCGGUCAUGGUCUACUACCGUUGCCGGACACCGCGCGUAAGCUUUAUUUACGCAAUCUUUUACACGUUCCUGCACUCACUCACAAUCUGCUUUCAGUUUCGAAAUUAACUGCGGAUAACUCCAUUUAUAUUACUUUUUACGCUAAUGGUUUCGAAAUGAAAGACUCUCAGGAUCACCGUCUUCUACUCCGUGGUCGACUUAGCAACGGUCUCUAUCACAUUACCUCCAUUCCUGACGAUCCACCGCUCGCUCUCCUCACAAGAUCCAAUGACGCUUCUCUUUGGCAUGCACGAUUAGGACAUCCGAACAAUCGGACUCUUCAACUCGCUGCUCGUUAUCUACCUGUUUCUUUUACUUUCUCCUCGGUUAAUCAUUGUAAAGCUUGUAAUACGGCCAAGAGCCAUAGAAUUGCUUUUAAUAAAAGCAUGUCGGUUUCCUCAUCUCCAUUCGAACUCAUUCAUUCGGAUGUAUGGGGCCCGGCUUCGCUGCCUUCGUCUCAUGGUUUUCGCUACUAUGUUGUGUUUAUAGAUGACUUCUCUCGUCACUCCUGGAUUUAUUUCAUGCACAAUAAAAACGAAGCACUCUCUAAGUUUAAAAUAUUUUGUAAUCUCAUUCAGAAUCAGUUCGGGACUCUGCCGAAGUCGUUUCAGUGCGACGGCGGCGGCGAAUUCAUUAACAAACUUUUCAACUCUUUCUUACAAGAACAAGGUAUAAUACAACGCAUCAGCUGCCCGCACACACCUGAGCAGAAUGGCAUUGCGGAGAGAAAGCACAGGCACAUCCUUGAUCUUACAAGAACUCUUCUUCAAGGAUCCAAUGUUCCGGCACAAUUCUGGAGUGAAGCUGUUUCUACGGCCAUUCACUUGAUAAAUCGUCUUCCCUCCAAACAUACGUCUCACAAAUCUCCUCAUCAAAUCAUAUACAACAAGAUUCCGGCCUACGAUCACCUAAGGGUCUUUGGAUGUCUCUGCUACCCGUGGCUACAGCCUUAUACCUCCUCCAAAUUUUCUCCUAGAUCUGCUGAAUGUGUCUUCCUCGGAUACUCGACAGCUCACAAAGGAUACAUUUGUCUCAACCUGGGCAACAAUAAAAUCCACAUUUCCAGACAUGUCGUCUUCCACGAAGAUAUUUUCCCAUUUCAGAUGUCUGUUUCAAAUCCUGUAAUCCCGCCAACCACUACCGACCACACUCCUAUGCCACUCAUUCUUGUUCCGGCUUCCUCUGUGACUCAUACCAAACAUUCUUCAUCGUCAUCUACUCUGCUGAAUUCCCACUCUACAGAUAAUCUGCUACCCAGAGUUCCUAUGGUCAGUACCUCAGCUUCAGUCAGUUCUCGGGAACCAACUCCAACGAUAUCGCGUGCGGCUAUCGCGUCUCAUCCGAUGCAGACCAGAUCUAAAUCUGGAAUAUCAAAACCGAAUCCCAUUUACUCCCUCACUACAACUAAUCAUACACAUCCAACUCCUACUUCUUACACUCAGGCAGCUCAACAUCCUCAUUGGAGAACCGCAAUGGAAGCUGAAAUCAUGGCGCUCAGACAUCAACAUACCUGGUUGCUCGUCUCUCCGCCGCCUAAUAAACACGUCUUAGGUUGUAAGUGGACUUUUAAGACAAAACUUCUUCCUUCAGGUGCUGUGCACAGAUACAAGGCACGAUUAGUGGCACUUGGUAAUCGUCAGAUAUUUGGUGAAAACUAUACCGAGACAUUCAGUCCGGUCGCCAAAAUGCCUACUAUCCGUCUACUUCUCACAAUUGCGCUAAAUCGGAAGUGGGAUAUCCUCCAAUUAGACGUUUCCAAUGCCUUCUUGCACGGAGAGCUAACCGAAGACAUUUAUAUGAAGCAGCCACAAGGUUUCGUUGAUCCCACUAAUCCAACAGCAGUGUGCAAGCUCCAUAAAUCACUAUACGGGCUCAAACAAGCCCCGCGACAGUGGUUUCAAAAACUCACUGACUUUCUUCAAUCUCGUGGAUUCCGGUUUAGUCGCUCCGAUCCCUCUCUACUUAUCCUUACUAAACUCAAUUUACAAAUCUAUUUUCUUAUUUAUGUCGAUGAUAUUAUUCUUACAGGAAAUGAUCACAACGCUAUUCAAUCUCUUCUUCACAGUCUUCACUCAUCCUUUGCUCUCAAACAGCUCGGCAAGAUCAACUUGUUUCUGGGCAUCCAGGUGCAACAUUCUGCUCACGGACUAUUUCUUUCGCAAGCCCACUAUGCUGCCUCUCUGCUCAACACAGCUGGGAUGUCCGAUUGCAAAAGCUCUCCUUCUCCGAUGACCUCAAACUCCAAAUCAAAGGCGUCUUCCGAUCAGCCAUUUUCCGAUCCUCUUCUGUACCGGCGCUUAGCCGGUUCACUACAGUAUCUCUCCAUCACAAGGCCAGAUAUCGCUUUUGCAACCAACAGAGUUUGUCAGCACAUGCAAUCUCCCACUGUCCAAAACUUUCAAGAUAUCAAGCGCAUUCUACGCUAUAUUAAAGGAACUAUUAACUUCGGUUUGCCCAUUGUUCCCGGUGAUCUUCAGUUGCAUUCUUACUGCGAUGCGGAUUGGGCUUCCGACAGUUCGGACAGGAAAUCGGUAUCGGGAUUCUGCACCUUCCUUGGACGCACGCUCAUCUCAUGGACCGUCAAGAAGCAAGUCACCGUCGCCAAAUCAUCAACCGAGGCCGAAUACCGGUCUCUUUCAGCCAACAUUUCGGAAGUUUUAUGGCUAAGACGCCUGGCCGGGGAACUCCAAGCUGAACAACCGUCCCCCACACCUGUUCUUUGUGAUAACAUCUCCGCCAUUGCCAUAGCUAAAAAUCCAGUAUUUCACGCUAGAACGAAGCACAUUGAAAUCGACUUUCAAUUUAUUCGUCAACACAUAGCUGCCGGAAAUGUCCAAAUACAGCACGUUUCGUCUCAAGAACAGAUCGCCGACAUUCUUACCAAGCCUCUUUCGGGUUUGAGAGGGCUUUAUGCAGGUUUCUAUCCUGCAGUCUUUGGGUCAACAGUUUCAUGGGGAUUGUACUUCUUCUUUUAUAGCAGAGCAAAGGCUAGGUACACAAAAGUUUCUGAUCAAAGUCUCAGCCCUGGUUACCAUCUUGUUGCAGCCGCAGAAGCAGGUGCUCUGGUAUGCGUGCUUACAAAUCCCAUUUGGCUUGUGAAGACAAGAUUGCAACUUCAAACUCCUUUCAAUCAAAACCGUCCAUAUAUUGGUUCUUCUGAUGCAGUAAGAACCAUUUUCAAAGAGGAAGGAUGGAGAGCAUUCUAUAAGGGAAUUGGAUCUGGACUUUUUCUUGUUUCUCAUGCUGCAAUUCAGUUCUGUGCUUAUGAAGAACUUCGGAAGGUCGCCAUCAAUUUAAAAUCUAGAAGAGAAAAGACAGACGUGAAAGAUGGUGAUAGGUUACUGAACUCUUUUGAUUAUGCUAUGCUUGGGGGCGCUUCGAAAGUUGCUGCUAUUCUGCUUACUUACCCAUCACAGGUUAUUCGAGCUCGCAUACAACAAAGGCCAAGUAGUGAUGGAAUCCCAAAAUACUUGGACAGUUGGCAUGUAGCAUCAGAAACUGCAAGGUGA